AUGACAGACUUGAAGAUCACACAUCGGUUUGCAUCAGUGGAACAUCCUCAGACCAACGGACAAGCCGAGUCUGCUAACAAGGUGAUUAUCAACGAGCUUAAGAAAAGGUUGUUCGAUGCCAAAGGAAAUUGGGUACAACAACUGCACCUCGUCUUGUGGGGUUAUAGGACAAGCACCCAAUCCGCCACAGAAGAAACCCCCUUCAAGCUGACGUAUGGAUGUGAGGCCAUGAUUCCAGUAGAAAUCGACGAACCAUCCUGGAGGAGGGUACAAAGAUUACAAGGAACUGAAGGUCAAAACAGUGAAGCACUCACUGUAGAACUCGACCUACUAGAUGAAUGCAGGGAGAACGCCAGAUAUAAGAAUAUGAUGGCGAAACGCCUAGUGACUGCAAGAUUCAAUAAAAUGGUCAGACCUCGGUCGUUUCAGAGCAACGACUUGGUGCUAAGGAGAGCGGACAUCGGCAAUAAGAAUGCCAGAGAUGGAAAGCUCGCCGAAAACUAG